UUUUUUUGGACAAAGUCCGGGCUGCCCCGCGAUCGGACUCAGGCCGAGUUCGGCCAUUUUUAUCUUCUCCUGAUGUCGGCUAGCCCACAAAAUUGUUGCCCCAACUGUCCCUUGGAGCCCUCCACGAGGCUAAAGUGGUGGUGGGUGAGGUUAGGCAGAAUAGCAGUUCAAAUACCCCAAAACCAACAUCAAACAUAAACAAUUACAUCAGAAAAGUAAUCAAAGGAAAAAUCUCACGAACCAAAUCCAAUCAACCGGAAAAACCCAUUUCUCCGGUCGAAAUUCCGCCAUUUUUUCCGGCGAAUCACUUCAAAUUUCAGACACCCAUUUGCCAUACUUAGAUCUUCAACCAACUUAAACAGUCAAUAAUAAUGAAGGUAGUUUUGGAGAAAAAAGAUGCAGGUGAUUGGUGUUACAGAGGGGAAGGAGCAAUUAAUUUAGUUCUUGCAUACUCUGGAUCAUCCCCUACCUUUAGUGGGAAAAUAAUACGGGUGCCAAAGGUCCCGAGGAAUGGGUCAAUAAAAGAGACCGAACGCUCGGUUUUGUCUGAGCAUGAAUGCAGCUUAUGGAAAGAUGUAGCAGAUAUUGUUACAUCCCCAAACAAAGAGGUCGCUGAGCAGAUGUAUGUGCAAUGUGUGAUGAUCCCACUGUUAGGAUCAGAGUUUGUUGAUCCUGGGGUAAAGAUUCUUGUAUCAAGGGAAUUUCUGGAAUUGGUUGAAAGAAAUGUUCUCUCCCAGCGCCCUGGUUGGAGAGUUAGUGCUGCCAGUGUGGAUUGCGGUGCUGAUUCUGUGCUGCUAAUGUCAGAUCAUUCAGUAUUCCCCCAAGGCACAUCUAAAGGAAAACCAUGCCUGUCUGUGGAAAUUAAGCCCAAGUGGGGAUUUCUUCCAUCUUCGAGCUUUAUAGCUGAUGAAAAUGCCAUCAAGAAGAAUGUAUCUCGUUUUAAAAUGCACCAAGUCCUUAAAUUGCAACAACAAAAGAUACAGCAAUUGAGCGAAUAUGACCCAUUGGAUUUAUUCUCUGGAUCAAGGGAGCGAAUACAUAAAGCAUUUAAGGCUCUCUUUGCAAAUCCACAGAAUAAUCUGCGGGUUUUUCUAAAUAGCUCCCUAAUAUAUGGGGGCAUGGGGGGUGGUGACCAAGGGACAGAUUCUGUUAAGGUUGAAGCAUUUAAAGAUAAUCUUAAAUCUUUCUUGCAUGGAGAAAAUGGUUUGCAUAAAAGGAAUUUUGUGAAUCUUGUAGGAGAGGCAAUACUUAAAUCAGGUGUAUUAGACAGGCUACUUGAAGUCCAAAAGCUUGACAAAUUUGAUGUGGAAGGGGCAAUUCAUGCUUAUUAUGAUAUUGUUUCCCAGCCUUGCAAGAUAUGUAAAGAUUCCGGUGAAGACAGGCAAUUAGGAAAGUAUAGCUCUCUGCAUUCAAUCCCUGUAGAUGAAAGUCUGAAGAUUGUAAGGGACUACUUGAUAGCUGCAACAGCCAAGGACUGUAGUUUAAUGAUUAGUUUCCGUCCAAGGGAAGAUGAUGAUCAAGAAUCACACUAUAGAACAAUAUACCUGGAUGCAACAAAGCAAAGGCUUGAUGUCAAGGCAUUUUUUAUCGACCUUGAUAUGAAACCCUUGAAUAAUAUGGAAUACUACUAUGAGCUGGAUCAGAAGAUAGUCAAGAGUUACAAGAAGAUGGUCAAAGUAGAGCGUGGUGCUGCAAAUGGGGGAACCAUUGAGGGUUUGGACGUUAAAUUUCACAACCGAUUGUAGCUUUGCUCGGCUCAUGAUGAACUCUUGGACAUCACUGGGAUGGAACACUAUGCCACGGAUAGCCUCAUCAGAAAACUAUAGUAUCAGUGGAUCAUCACUGCUCAAAGUGCAGGCUGAAAGGGAUGAAAAUAAUCCACCUUUAAAAGGGAUAACUUCUAUAGUCCUGAACCCAUCAACAGAUACAGUAACAUUCACCGGAGAAGCUGAUCCUGUAUAUAUAGUAUAAGCUGAGGAAAUUCCAGAGCGCCCGUCGUGUUGGCGCUUCAAAGGAACACUAAAAAGAUGAGAAGAAAAGGAACGAAACUAAAAUGAUGUGUAUGAGCGCUUGUUUUCUAUUGCCACAUAGUUUUAGUUGCUACUCAGUGUUAAUUUUUUUACCCUGUAACAGGAAAAAUCUGAUUAUAAUUGUCAAAUGUUAUCAAAAGAGAAUGUGCAUAUAUAUUACUAAUUCUAAGCUUCUGCGAAGCAAGCACAAGGAACAUUACCAUAAACAGGUUCUAUAAAAAUUUCAACCUACUAUCAA